CAUAAAGAACUGCAACUGUUUUUCUCGUGUUAAAAAUCUUAAAACCAAAAUUGCUGUGAAACUUAACAAAGAAGCAGAUAAUGUUGGACUUUUAGAAAAUCUCUAGCUUAUUUUUAUUUUUAUAUUGUUGUUUCCUUUUCUUUUAUUAACGUUUUUAAUACAUAAUUUUCUCUCUUUGCUCGCAUCCCUCUCUUCUUUUUCUAAUAUUUUUAGACGAGGGGAGGGGGUAGACGUCCGAUACUAAACUUCCGGUUCCGGCUAAUGAUGUCAGGCCGCCAUUUUGUUCCCUGCAGACAUUUUUUUUUUGUCAGGCGCUAGCAGCGUUAGCUUGUGCUGAGAGGACGGCGGUGUUUCGUUGGGACGUUCGUGAGGAACCAUGUCUUCAGAACCUCAGGAAGAUUCUGACAGAGAACAACUUGCUGCUGCUGAAGGAACCAUCGUCCAGAACGAGGAGGAGCUCUGUGGUCAGAGAGGACUGAUGGAUUCAAACUGGAACCCGGAGCUUCAGCUCCACCUUGUCGUCCUCCCCCAGCAUUGGAUGACUGAAGAGGAGGAUCUCUGCAACCAGCAAAGGAACUUCAGAGUGGAACAGGAAGAACAAGAACCUCAACAUUUUAAAGAGGAGCGGGAGGACCUGGAAGCUCCUCAUUUCAAAGAGGAGAAAGAGGAUCCAGAACCUCCACUUCAUAAACAGGAGCCGGAGGAACCAGAACCUCCACAUUAUAAAGAGGAGCAGGAAGAACGGAAAACUCCACAAAUUGGAGAUGAACACGGAGUACCAGGACCUUCGACAAUUAAAGAGGAGCCAGACGAGUUCUUUAUCAGUCAGGAUGAAGAGCAGCUUGAUCUGAAACAGGAGACUGAUACCUUGAUGGAGAUUCCUACUUUAGAGGAAAAUAAAAACAGUGAAGCAGAUCUAAACAAUCAACCGAGCUCAGAAGAAACUGAUAGUCAGGAUGAAGAAGGAAACCAACAUGAAGAAUCAACAUCAACUCUAGAUGAAGAGACAGAGCCACAGAACAGAGAUCGGAGGAAGAGAAGAGACAGAAGUCAUGUCCAAAGUGUGGCCAGCUCUCACAUGUUAGAGAGUCAGUGUGACUCUGUUGUUAGAAAAAAUCCUAAGAAGUCUUUGGUGAAGAAAUGCAAACAAUCCCCAAAUGACAAAAGACCUUCCUCUCUAAAGUUUGGUGAAAGCUCAAAAAUAAUUAGUGAUCUCUCUGACUACAUGGGAACUGGGUCUGAUGACAGGUGUUAUAUCUGUAAAGAAUGUGGUAAAAAGUUUUGUAACAUGUCUCGGUUCAGAAUUCACAUAAGAAUGCAUGAAGAAAAUCGAUUUUCUUGUAAAGAAUGUGACAAAACUUUUAAAUGUACAUCUCAUCUCAAAGCACACAUUAGAACUCAUACAGGAGAAAAGCCUUUUACUUGCAAAGAAUGUGAAAAAAGUUUUAGUCGUUCUUGUCAUCUCAAAACACACAUGAGAACGCACACUGGAGAAAAGCCCUUUUGUUGUAAAGAAUGCGAUGCAAGUUUUAGUCAUAUGUCGCAUCUAACAACACACAUGAGAACUCACACAGGAGAAAAGCCUUUUUCGUGUAAAGAAUGUGAUAAAAGUUUUAAUCAAAUUUCUCAUCUCAAAACACACAUGAGGACUCAUACAGGAGAAAAGCCUUUUUCAUGUAAAGAAUGCGAUGCAAGUUUUAGUCGUAUAUCUCAUCUCAAAAUGCACAUGAGAACUCACACAGGUGAAAAGCCUUUUUCUUGUAUAGAAUGUGAUAAAAGUUUUAGUCAAGUAAUUAAUCUCAAAACACACAUGAGAACUCACACAGGAGAAAAGCCUUUUAUUUGUGAAGAAUGUGGUACAAGUUUUGGCCAUAUAUCUAAUCUCAAAUCACACAUGAAAACUCAUACAGGAGAGAAGCCUUUUGCAAAGAAUGGGAUUCAAGUCUUAGUCUUGUAGCUAGUCUCAAAAUACACACAAGAACUCGUACAAAAGAAGCCAUUUGUAAAGAAUUUGGUCCAAGUGUAAAUCAUGUAUCUGAUCUUAAAGCACACAAGAACUCAUACUGGAGAGAAGCAUGUUUGAAAGUUUCACUCGGUAUGUAGUAUCAAUAGACACAUGGAAACUUGCAUGGCUGGAGUAUUUUCCUUGUCAAACAAUUAAAUGAUUUAAUGUAAAUUUUAAACUUUGCUGAUCAGAGGUCAACUUCUGCACCAGAACAAAAUACAUUUUUAAUGCUUAAAACUUCUGGUCUCAUAGCAACCUGAGCUGUCAUUGCAAAUAUACUGAGUGGCUGUUGGCCUUUAUACCACAUUAUGCAGUACUUCCAAUUGAGGGAGACACAAAUGAUUAUUCAAUAUGUAGAAAUAAAGAUUUUAUAUAGUUUUAAUGAUAUUUGAUCUCUCGAGGACAGUUUAUUUUAGGUUUUCAUCAUCUCUAAGCCACAAUUAUCAAAAGCAAAAAAGAAUGAAUACAUUUCGAUCCAUGUGUGAAGAUACUAGACAAUUGGCUUUACUGCUGACGAAAUAUGGUGCAAAUUUUCACAAAUUGAAUUCUUAUAGAUGUACCUGUACAUGGAAAUGUGUUGGUUUGAAUUAUUAGAGCAAAAUCUUGAAUUAUCAUUGUGGUUGCAGUUUAUAUGAAGACGAUGUGCAUGUUGUCUAGGUACUUAUGGUGCAAAUUUUCCCAAAAUGAAUUCCUUCUUAGAUGUACUUGUACAUGGAAAUGUGUGGUUGUAGUGUAUACUAAGACUAUGUGUAUGUUACCAUGCCUUAAAAAUAUUUUAUAUGCCUGUUUCAUCCUGAAAGAAUGAUAACACUGUAUAUAGAAAUGUAUAUUUUAUAUUAAUGUAUAAUUUUUAUGUUCUAUGUCAGAUACAUUAUUAUUAUUGGCACAAUAUGAACUUUUACCAGGAAAAGCAGUGAUGACAAAGGGUGUGAGAAGGCCGGUCUUUUUAGAACUCAUUUAAACAAAGCAAUGCACGCUGUGUCUUGUCUGUUGCAACUCCAUUAAGCAAUGGCGUUAGGGCUGAAACUGAUCGGUCUGAUAAAAACUGACUAUGUACCGGUUCAAAAUGGUACCAGUUUUGCUACCAGAGCCCAUUUAGAGAGAAAAAGAUCUUACUGAAAAUGUUGUAAUGAGGAGGUGGAUAGAGAAACAGACUGGUGUUUCUGUCUCUUGUUGUUGUGAUUCCUGUUUUGGAUCAGAGAUUAGAAGUGUUUCUCUGUUCUUUUUAGUUGUCAGUGUUCUGUCUCAAUCUUUACUGUGAAGAAUAAAGUGGACGUGAACAGUCAGAAGUGUGGAUUUCUGCUGCUUGUUGGUUCUCUGCAGAUUCCAAAGCUGGGGUCUAUUCAGGAAAACAGGGUAUGUGACACACCCGGGUAAGUUUAAGGGUAAGUUGGCUGAUAUCCUCCACUUCGGUUACAAAACUGCAUGUAAACUUAAGAGAUAAAAGACAAAUAUAUGAGGAUAAAGGACUAUUUCAUGAGAGUUAAAGAACUUUGUUUAAAUUGUAUUAUCUAUGAAAAACAUCACAUCAAAUAUCACGUUUAUCUAAAAAUCCAGAUCACACAGAAAGACGUAUUCUUGAUUUUAUUUGACCAUUAGGUCUGUUGAGCAGAAAUAUAUAAUGCUGAACUGAAAUGUAAUUUUGUGUGUUUUUCUUCACAGUGUGUUCCACAUACGUACAAGCAAAGACUUCAGUGAAAACAGACAUGAUGGAGCCACAAAUAUCUCACAACAGGUUUAAUAGUAUGAAAAGAAAAGCUGAAAAAACAACCACAGUGUGUUUGUGACUGAAGGAAUGAAGGAAGUUGUCAUAAAUAUGAUGGAAAAAUAAAUUUAAUUUACAGUUGGCCUAAUGGGACAUUGGCUUCUGUGAAGAACCAACUCAACUAUGGUGCAAAUACCAAGACAUGAAACAUCCAAACCACGAUGAUAAAUAAUCAAGACAAAUACAACUUUUAACAACCAGAAUCCAGCAAGUAGCACAAAACUUUAUUACCCACAAUGCACACAGCACAGUAUAGGUCAUGCAGCAGACAAGGUAUUUCCAAUAACUUUAUUUUUGUACAUCAUUGCAGUUUUCUCCUGACAGAUGGAAUGAUGGGAAAUGAAAUUUAUGUUUAAAAAAAUAAAAAGAA